AUGGGUCGCCGCCGAAGUUCCGGAGGAGUAAUCAAUGCGCAUGGGGUUGCUAUAUAUGGGCAAACGGUUUAUGAGGAAAGAAUUGCAGACAAGAAAGACGUGAGGGAUGAUAUUUUGAGCUAUGAAAGAAGAUCAAUGAGGUCAGCUUCUCGUCCUGCUGCCCGUUCUCCACCACGUCAGCCUCCACAGCCAGCUGCUCGUGCUCCUCCACCAGCGCCUGUACAAAGGGAAUCUGCAAGUGGAGGGCUUGGUUCUGUAGUUGCUGAAGGUAAGUUAUUGUAUGGCAUUGCCAUUGGUGGUGGGAAUGGUAUUGCCCACAGGGCUAUGGAUUUCGUGUUGGGUCCCACGGCCAUAAAACAUGAGACAGUGGCCUCCCCUGCCCCUACUGCUGAGGCAGCAACCAUGAACAGUCUUGAAGGUUCUGAUGCAUGUGGUGGCCAAUUCAAAGCCUUCCGAGAUGUAUGUUCCAUUCUAUCACAAUUAAAUUCAUUUUUAGUGAGUCCUGGUGAUUGUUUCUUAUUACUUAGGUCUGUUCUUGGGUUGUGCCUGAAUUACUAUGGAAGUGAUAUCAGCAAGUGCCAGACCUACAUGGAUAUGCUGAGUGAAUGCCGCAAAAAUACUGGCAGUGGCCUGAGUGCUUGA